AUGUUGGCCAGAAGUCUGCUCUAUCUGUCGCUUUUGGUAGUGGCUUUCCGGGAUGCUGGAUCUCAGAGCCUGGAAGACAGCGACGGGGCUGAACAGUUCUACUCAACUUCGGUCGUUGGCAUGGCCGAUCUGCUGGAGUUCAACGCUGAUUUGCUGGACAUUCUGGACAGUUACAUUGAAGUUCUAAGAGAAAGAAUCAAACUUAUCCAAAGGACGGUGCACUACAUGAUGAAGCAUUAUGAUACGGAAAACCUGCAGGAAAAUCCCCUAGACCACUUCCAUUUCGCGCGGCACAUGCAGAAGGAUUGGGCCUACAUGCUGGAGCUGUUGCAGCAGCCCCUGGGCAAGAAGCAGCUGCAGUUCCUGAAGGAUUCACGAGCCCACUAUCCCUCAGUAUGGGACCUGGAGGAGGGCUGCCUGGGCAUUCACAGGAUGCAGCAUAUCUAUCAGCUGCAGCCAAAGGAUAUGGUCACAGGCCUGCUCGAUGGCGUUCAACACGGGACAAGCUUCUCAGCCCCGGAGUGCUUCACUGUGGCUCGGGCAUUGUAUAAGAAGAACUUAUUCCACGAGGCGGUGGCAUGGCUGGAGCAGGCCCUCACACUGUACGAACAGGCAUCAGAGGAGACAAAAGGCCACUACCAGAUCAUUGGCUUCGAUGUCUCCCAGGUGCACAAGCAGUACAUCGAAGGACUCAUGACGCUAAAUCGCUAUGCGGAUGCCUUGAAGGCCAUCGAUUGGCAUCCCAAGCCCUACUUGCGACGACUCCGCGACAGGGUGCAGAUGCGGCUGAUGAGCAGCAACGAUGUGCCGAUGCAGAAACCCAAUCUUCCGCUGACGGUCCUGCAGCUCUGCUGCCGUGGCGGCUGUCCGUACCGGGACAUGCACCGCCUGACGUGCAGCUACAACACCACAGCCUCGCCCUUCGCCCGGCUGGCUCCGUUCAAGACGGAGCUGCUCUCGCUCUCGCCCUACAUGGUGCUCUACCACGGCGCCAUCACGCCGCUGGAGUCGCAGACGCUGCGGGACCUGGCCAAGCCCAUGAUGAAGCGGCGGGCCAUGACGUACCACAAAAAGAAUCGGACACCCUUAAUCGACGAGAGGCGCACCUCGAACUCGGUGUGGUUUCAGGCCAAGAGCAAUGCGGUGAUCGAGCGGCUGGAACGGCGGGCAGGGGACAUGACCAGCUUCGAGAUGGCGAACUCGGAGGUGUACCAGCUGCUCAACUACGGCAUCGGGGGCCACUACUAUCCCCACCUCGAUCACUUCGAGAGCCCAGAUGUUGUCAAGAAUCGGAGCGUAGGAGACCGCAUAGCCACCGUUCUGUUUUAUCUCAAUGAUGUGCCGCAAGGCGGUGCCACUCUCUUUCCCCGUCUGAAUAUCUCCGUUCAGCCCCGCAACGGUGAUGCCAUUCUCUGGUACAACCUCGACGAUCGCGGAGAGGGCGAACAGGACUCGCUCCAUACAUCCUGUCCCAUAAUCAAGGGCUCAAAGUGGGCCCUGGUCAAGUGGAUAGACGAGAUGUCGCAGCCCUUCCGCAGACCGUGCAAUCGAUAG